AGAAUGGAAGGAAAUCAUCCAGCAGAGAGUAGGAAGGUGUCAGAAGGUGAUAUUGACUGGGGCUCUGAGAAAAGAACUUCAGAGAUGAGCAAGAAGGAUAUUGGGGAGAACAGAGAGGAUGAAAAGAAAGAAUUUGAAGAGAAUAAGGUUAAUAUUAUGAUAGAUAAUAAGAAAGAAGCUGAAGUAGAGAAAGGAGGUCCUGAAGAGGGUUUUAAGUCAAGAAAUUUGAAACAAAGUGAGAGUGAGAAAAAUCAAGAAGGGAAAGAUGGAACUGAUGAUAAGGAUGAGGAGAAGGAGCCUGAUUCAGAUCACGAUUCUUUACCACAAAGACCAAAAGUUAGAGUUGAAGAUGAAGGUGAACGCGAAGUAGUUCCAUCAACUUCUGAAAACUUAAAACCGAUCCUUAGGCGAAAAGAGGAGCAAAUGAUCUUAAACAAGGAGCCUCAAAUUUCCCAAAUCAAGGAGGAAUCCCACAGAGAAGAACCACAGCCUGCACAAGAUUCUUUAGCUAAAGAGCCAGCCGAAGCUCCUCAGGACGCACAAAAAUUUUCUGGACAGAAAAGGCCUAAAACUCGAGGAGAAAGUACAUCUCAUAAGAAGAAUUUCAUAAUUAAAUAAAAAGCAGAGACGACUCCAAAGCGGCUUCAGAAAGAAUAAAAAGUGGAAUGAAAGAUUUUACCUUGCUGAUGGGACUUUCCAACCAAAUGAUGGUGUAAAUAACCUAUUCACGAAUACCAGGUCUUUCAGACAUUUUAAGAAGCAGAAAAGAUCCCAGUACUUCACUAAGCUGAGCACUAUUGAGAAGAACGCUGGAGCUGUGAGCCACAGAAAGCUGCAUAACUUCACUAAUUUAAAGCAUAAGCGCCAUAACUCCAUGGAAAAGAUCACCAGAGAGAGGAGGUGGAAUGAAAGGUUUUACAUCACAAAUAGCAAGAAUAACCAGAAGGUCUUUAAUGAUUACAAGGAGUUUUUCGAUAAACCUAUCGAUUAUGAUGUCAGAGGCUACAAUUUCACUAUCAGACCUGCCCCAAUGAUGGUCUACGAGGAUGAGUCAGGCAAGGCUGACAUUAUCAGACCUAGAUUUGACGAUGUAAAGAAAAAGCAGCUGAAAAAGAGAAUCUCAAAAGAAAGAGCAACUACUAGUCGAGGCAAGAAGAGAGACUUCUCUAAGACUACUCAAUUUAACAAACAUCCCAAGCCCGCUGAUUAUGGGCUUAGCAACAAUGUAGUGUUCUCAGGCUUCCUAAGAACACAGAAAAUUGACCAUAAGAAGACAAUGCAGAAGAUCAACAAAAAAGAGAAGAAGUGGGACGAAAGAUUUGCAGUUCCAGUGUCUACCUACAAUGAGGCGGUUUAUAAGAAAUUCAGAGUCCCUUUUGAAGAAUUGUAAUAAUUUCGAUGCAA